AUGCCAGACUUGAUCUUGUCCUUCUCCGACGGCGGCGACGACGGCGACGGCAGUCAGGGCGCGGUUUUGGACGACUUGCGUCACAACUGGCCGGCACUGCAAGAGCACAAGGUGGAGUCAGUGCUGCGUAACGCCCGUCCGUUCGCUGCCGCAGGUCCCGACGGAGUCCCCAACUUUGUCAUCCAGUCCGCCUGGCCAGCCCUCAAAUCCCGCCUCGUCCCGCUACUUGCCGCCUCACUCCGCCUUGGUCACCUUCCGGCGAGUUGGCGCGAUGCAACCGGCGUUGUCUUGAGGAAACCGAAGAAGGAUGACUACUCACUCACCAAGUCGUACCGGCUCAUCUGUUUCGAGCGCUGCAUCAGCAAGCUCCUCGAGUCAAUCGUAGCAAGGUGUAUCACGCACCUCGCGGACUCGCUCCAGCUCAUCCCGCCCAUCCACUUCGGGGCCCGAACUGGCCGGUCCGCCGAGGACGCGGUAGUCUGCUGCGUGGACGAGAUCAGACGUCAGUGGCGGAACGGUAACGUUGUCCUCGGCAUCGCGCCCGACGUCGCGAAGGUGUUUCCGUCGGUUCGGAUGGAGGUCCUUGUGCGGGAGAUGGAGGAGAAGGGCUUACCGCGCUUGCUCCCCCGGUGGACCGAGUCCUCCAUGUCGAACCGGACGUGCACACUGCGUUUGGAAGGCGUCAGCAGCGAACCCGUUGAGUGGAGGAGCGGCCUGCCGCAAGGCUCACCGCUAAGUCCAAUCCUCUUCCUCCUCUACAACUCCGGCGCACUGGCAGCGUGCAAGACGACGACGUCGACAUUGUUCGGAUGGGUGGACGACUUAAAUGUCCUCGCCUGGGGGAGAAACGUCGAGGAGGCGGUCAGCGCAGCCCAGCGGAUUGUCCCCGGCCUCGAGGAAUGGUUGGCCACGCACCAAAGCCUGUUCGAGCCCUCGAAGACCUUUGUCACGCGCUUUUUGCCUGCCCAAGACCGCUCAGCCGACGACCCGAAAGUUGUGCUCUGCGGCAAGGAACUCGAGUACUCCUCGGCACUUGGGAUGCUUGGUGUGACAAUCGACGAGAGGCUCACCUUCAAGCAGCACGUCGCCUCGUGCGCCGCAAAGGCAUCGAAGGUGAUGGUGGGCGUCGGGCUACUGGCGAAGAGUCGCGGCGGGUUGAAGGCGAAUCCCUCAGCAGCUCCACUGACUACCCUCUUCAUCAACAAUCAGUCAGUUGUCCGCUCGCCCUUCAACACAUUCCCCACCACCGGCCAAUCCGCCCGACUUGCCCUGCGCGCGCUCGCCCUGGUGCUCAAGCACAACCACCCAUAUGCUCGACUCACCCUGCAGUGGCUUGCUGGCCAUCUGGCGGUGCCAGGGAAUGAGAUGGCAGACGAAGAAGCGAAGAGGGCGGCGGGAGUUGGCAAUGACAAGGUGGGGAAGUCGAAGGGAGGGCGUGCGGACGGUCGUGGUCGGCGCAGGCGCGGUCCUAAGCUGUUGAAGCCAGACCAGAGCAGCAGCAGCUCAUUGUCAGCGGACGAGAGCGGGUGGGAGGAGGACGAGGAGGAGCGGGCGACCCGCCUCCAGCGCGAAGUCGCUCGCCUCGGUCGUCUCGACUUGUCAACGCUUGCGGGCCCCGAUGAGCUUGUCAAAGGAGGCACCAUGCUGCCGAAAUUGCUAUCAUCGCUCAAGCAGGCUCACCGCACCACCCUGCUCGCGGAAUGGACCCGUCAAUGGACCCUCUCCUCAUUGCCAGGCGCCGGUCUUCGCACUGUCGACGCUCGUCCACCCGGACCACCCUUUGUCCGUGCCCUACACUCGCUCGACAGGGUUCACUCGACCAUCCUUGCCCGGCUCCGCCUCGACUUCAACGACUUGGGUUCAUCGAAGGCGAGGAUGGGGCUUGGGACGGGACUCUGCGAGUGCGGCAAGGCGGUGGACACCCGCCAGCACUACAUCCUCGAAUGCUCGCUCUACUCGGACAAGCGCCAGCAGCUCCGGCGCGAAAUCGGCUUGUCGAACCUCAAGAUGGACAAGAUCUUUUCUCCUCGCUUCUUCCGACCUCUGCUUCGUGGCCCCAAGUCGACAUGGGUCUUUCCAGGCCUGAACGACUCUAAACUCGGAAUGUAUCCUAUCCUAUCCUAUCCACUCUCCUAUCCACUCCACGUCGCCAAGGCAUUCCCGUCGGUUCGGACUGAAGUGCUUGUGCGGGAGAUGGAGGAGAAGGGCUUACCGCGCUUGCUCCGCCGGUGGACUGAGUCCUUCAUGUCGGACCGGACGUGCACACUGCGUUUGGAAGGCGUCAGCAGCGAACCCGUCGACUGGAGGAGCGGCUUACCGCAAGGUUCACCGCUCAGCCCGAUCCUGUUCCUCCUCUACAACGCCGGCGCACUUGAGGCGUGCGAGACGCCGACUUCGACGGCGUUUGGCUGGGUGGAUGACUUGAACGACCUGGCCUGGGGAAGGUACAUUCAGGAGGCGGUCAGCGCAGCUCAGCAGAUCGUCCCCGGUCUUGAGGAAUGGUCAGCAACGUGCCACAGCCUUUUCGAGCUGUCCAAGACCCUUGUCAUGUGUUUCUCGCCCGCACGAGAACGCUCACAUGACAACCCGAAGAUAGUGCUCUGCGGCAAGGAACUUGAGUAUUUGUCAGCGCUUGGGAUGCUCGGAGUGACACUUGAUGAAUGA